AUGGAAAAAGUAGAUGACAGCCGCUUCAAGUUAUACGACCUCCCCACCCCGCUUACCGGCCCCUGCGACUUGGUCGAGGGUCAUGACGGUGCUCUUUGGGGUGAAGGUGUUUUGAACAAUGUCAUUUUCAGAAUGCAUCCUCACACUGGAGCUUUCGAGGAGUACCCUAUCCCAUUCACAACUCCACUUGAUGACCAUCCGAUUGAACUUCCAGGGCUUUUCAAAUCAUUUACGGACCGUACCGCCUUCUCCUGCGUGAUCCGUCGCGGUGCGGAUGGGAACUUGUACGCCGCCAACGGUAUGCGCAACCAACUUCUUCGCAUCAACGAGAAGACGAAGAAGAUUGACGUCUUCCAAAUCACACCCACCGAUCCUCUCGACAACUUGGUCUUCCUGAAUGACAUCGACACCGCGGAGGAUGACAUCUACGUGACAUCCACCACAGCAAACCCCUUCUCCUUCUUCUCCUUUGCAACGGAGAAGUUCGAGUCUUAUUACGUACUCACCCCAUUAUCCCUUCCAUUAGGAGUCCUAGUUGCAUCGGAUGGUCUAGUAUAUAUUGUCGAAUUCAACGUCAACAAAAAAUCCUGA